AUGGCCACCGUGGACCUGGAGAAGCUGCGGAUGUGCGGGGCCGGCAAGGCCAUCGGGGUGCUGACCAGCGGCGGCGACGCGCAAGGUAUGAAUGCCGCCGUCAGGGCCGUGACGCGAAUGGGCAUCUAUGUGGGAGCCAAGGUGUUCCUCAUCUACGAGGGCUACGAAGGCCUUGUGGAAGGAGGCGAGAACAUCAAGCCAGCCAACUGGCUCAGCGUCUCCAACAUCAUCCAGCUGGGUGGCACCAUCAUCGGCAGUGCCCGCUGCAAGGCCUUUACCACCCGGGAGGGCCGCCUGGCAGCAGCUUACAACCUGGUCCAUCGCGGCAUCACCAACUUGUGCGUCAUAGGCGGGGAUGGCAGCCUCACGGGCGCCAACAUCUUCCGCAGCGAGUGGGGCAGCCUGCUGGAGGAGCUGGUGAAGGAAGGCAGGAUCUCAGAGAGCACGGCUCAGACCUACUCCCACCUGAACAUCGUUGGGCUGGUGGGCUCCAUCGACAACGACUUCUGUGGCACCGACAUGACCAUCGGCACCGACUCGGCCCUGCACCGCAUCAUGGAGGUCAUCGACGCCAUCACCACCACUGCCCAGAGCCACCAGAGGACGUUCGUGCUGGAGGUGAUGGGGCGGCAUUGCGGGUACUUGGCCCUGGUGUCCGCCCUGGCCUCUGGGGCCGACUGGCUGUUCAUCCCCGAGGCGCCCCCCGAGGACGGCUGGGAGAACUGCAUGUGCGAGAGGCUCGGCCAAACCCGAAGCCGAGGGUCCCGGCUGAACAUCAUCAUCAUCGCUGAGGGCGCCAUCGACCGCAACGGGAAGGCCAUCACCUCCCGCUACGUGAAGGACCUGGUGGUCCAGAGGCUGGGCUUCGACACGCGUGUGACCGUGCUGGGCCACGUGCAGAGGGGAGGGACCCCCUCGGCGUUCGACCGCAUCCUGAGCAGCAAGAUGGGCAUGGAGGCGGUGAUGGCGCUGCUGGAGGGCACACCGGACACCCCGGCCUGCGUGGUCAGCCUGUCCGGGAAUCAGUCUGUGCGGCUGCCCCUCAUGGAGUGCGUGCAGGUGACCAAGGAGGUGCAGAAGGCCAUGGAUGAGAAGAGGUUUGACGAGGCCAUCCAGCUCCGUGGCAGGAGCUUUGAGAACAACUGGAACAUUUACAAGCUGCUUGCACACCAGAAGGUCUCCAAAGAGAAGACCCAGUUCUCCCUGGCCAUCCUGAACGUGGGGGCCCCGGCGGCCGGCAUGAACGCGGCGGUGCGCUCCGCGGUGCGUUCUGGCAUCUGCCAGGGUCACACCGUGUAUGUGGUGCAUGACGGCUUUGAAGGCCUGGCCAAGGGUCAGGUGCAAGAGGUGGGCUGGCAUGACGUGGCUGGUUGGCUGGGGCGUGGAGGCUCCAUGCUGGGCACCAAGAGGACGCUGCCCAAGAGCUACAUGGAGGAAAUCGUGGAAAACAUUCGCAAGUACAGCAUCCACGCCCUGCUGGUCAUCGGAGGCUUCGAGGCCUACGAGGGGGUGCUGCAGCUGGUGGAGGCCCGCGGCUGCUACGAGGAGCUCUGCAUCGUCAUGUGCGUCAUCCCAGCCACCAUCAGCAACAACGUGCCGGGCACCGACUUCAGCCUGGGCUCCGACACCGCCGUCAACGCCGCCAUGGAGAGCUGUGACCGGAUCAAGCAGUCGGCCUCGGGGACCAAGCGCCGGGUGUUCAUCGUGGAGACCAUGGGCGGCUACUGCGGCUACCUGGCCACCGUGACCGGCAUCGCUGUGGGGGCCGACGCCGCCUACAUCUUCGAGGAUCCUUUCAACAUCCAGGACUUAAAGGCCAACGUGGAGCACAUGACGGAGAAGAUGAAGACGGAGAUCCAGAGGGGCCUGGUGCUGCGAAACGAGAAAUGCCACGAUCACUACACCACGGAGUUUCUGUACAACCUCUACUCCUCCGAGGGGAAGGGCAUCUUCGACUGCAGGACCAACGUCCUGGGCCACCUGCAGCAGGGCGGGGCUCCCACCCCAUUCGACCGGAACUACGGGACCAAGCUGGGGGUGAAGGCCAUGCUCUGGAUGUCGGAGAAGCUCCGGUCCGUCUACCGCAAUGGGCGGGUGUUCGCCAACGCCCCCGACUCGGCCUGCGUGAUCGGCCUGAAGAAGAAGGCGGUGGCCUUCAGCCCUGUCACCGAGCUCAAGAAGGACACGGACUUCGAGCACCGCAUGCCCCGGGAGCAGUGGUGGCUGAACCUGCGGCUGAUGCUGAAGAUGCUGGCACACUACCGCAUCAGCAUGGCCGACUACGUGUCCGGGGAGCUGGAGCACGUCACCCGCCGCACACUGAGCAUCGACAAGGGCUUCUGA